AUGUAUGAAAAAAAAAGUGGCAUUGAUGAAGAGUCAUUUCAUAUUGUGCAUUCAUUACAUACAUUAUCGAACGAGCAGAUAAAAUGUACAGCAGUGAAUUUCCUGAUAAAUGUCCAAGAGAAUCCGAUAUGCUUGCUUAUUGAUCGAACAAAAAAUGGGAAUGAAUUGGAAAUGCCCAUUCCGGAAAGUGUAAUUUACAGUGCAACAUCUUUCUGUCUUAAUCAAAGGUUAUCAUCACGGUGUACUGACAGUACUAUAUGGUCAUUUGAAAGGUUUCCAAACAAGGAUCUUAUUGACGAUAAGUUUGCAGACGUAGCUGAAGGAACAAUUUCGCUUGAGAAAUGUUUGACCUCUUGUUUAAAAGGGAGCCAGUGCAGGGCGGUCUUGUAUAAUAAAAAAGCGACGCAAUGCCGUUAUUUGAAUGUUUCAAUUCAAAACGUUCACAAUGUAAAAAAAUUCUUUAAAUAUAGUGAAGACGUAGAAUUAUAUGAAAACAACUGUUUUCCGGAAAAUUUUAUUAUGAAUGUUGCACAGUGUCAAUUCAUCCGAAUGCAAUCAUCCGGUUUCACGGAUUUUUUCGACGAACGUAUUACGGAUGUAAGUGACACCAGUGAAUGCGAGCAAUUAUGUCACACAUGGAACAGUGGUAAUUGCCGCUAUUUUACAUAUCAUCGUGGAACACAUAUGUGUUAUCUGAGUCAUACAUCACCUCGAACGUUGAAUAAGAAUCCUUUGCAGAAUUAUGAUUUAAAUUUAUCAUCUGGUGAACUUGAAGAUUGUGUACAAUUUAAAUUAAAAUGCAAACGGGAUCGAAUGCAAAUACAUGGUGCAUCGUUGAAAAUGUUUUCUGGAACACUUACGACGAAAAACGAUAAAAUAUUUUCUUGCAAAAGAAAAUUCUUUCAUGUAUACGAAUUUGAUGCUGAGAUGUUGUACAAUGAAUGUGGGAUGCAAAAAACUCUUUCCCCUUAUUUAACUUUUUCAAACCUGGUGAUGUUAAAGGAAGGUAGCACUGAGCUUAUUACUGUCAAGGACAAAUUGUUAAAGGUCAUUUGCCACAUACAUAAUGAUUUGGAAAUUUUACCGGUCGAUCAACACCUAUCAUUUCAUCUUCAAGUUGAAGAUGAGAAUGUUACAAAACAGAUGCUAACUAAGGACAUACAAAUAGCAUCGCAGUUACGAAAUUAUGUGACCCAACCGCGGUACACAAUGGAAGUGAUGGAUGUGAACAAAAAUCCUGCAGAAGUGGUAGAAAUCGGUGAUGAAGGCUAUCUUUUGCUAACACUACAUGAAAAACCAAUCAAAUUUUCGAUAAUUGAUUUAUUUGCACGCGACAUACAAAGUGGCAGAACUUUUGCAAUUAUCGAUUCUGAUGGUUGUGCUGUUCCAAAUGGAAUGCUUAAAGAUAUUUAUAGAAUUGACAAAAAUCACUUGCAAUUAACUGUCGUCUUUAAUGGCUUCUCAGAUGAGGUGAUAUUACUUAUUUGA